GUGCGCCCAUCAAUACUCGCCGUGUACUUUCAGCUGUGUGGGAGCGGGAACGUGCAGCGUGGGAAAUAAUGGAAUAAUAUUCUAUUGCUAUAUCUGAUUAUUAAUUAUUGAUAAACCAUAAUUCUUCCAUGGAAUUUCUUAUUCCAUUUCUAGACUUAAAUUUACUUUACAUCAAUUCACUUUGAAAUCUUUUCGAUUCAUUUUUACCUAACCUAGUUUUCAAAAUUUUAGGCAUUAAUAUUGCAGCUUGCAAUCUCUUUCUCUCUAUUAAUAUUAAAGCAUGAAAUUAAAAAACGUUCUGAACUGUAAACCUUUAGCUUCAGAAGUUUUAACUCAUUAUUUAAAGCAAUGCAACGAGCCUCCUUGGACGUCUUAUUUUGUCAAGUAUAGUAGUGUGAAAAAUGAUCAUCGUGGCCUUUCACACUUCAAUUGGGAAGUAGGGGAAAGUAAUUACCAUGUCUUAAGAACGGGUUGUUUUCCUUACAUCAAAUACCAUUGCACAAAGCGACCAUAUCAAGAUCUUUCUUUAGAUAAUCAGUUGAUGGGCAUUAUAAAAAUUCUCAAUCUUGGUAUACCAACAUUGAUGUAUGGCAUAGCAGCUAUAGCAUUGAUCAAGCACAAAGAACUGGUCAAAACACCAAAUGGCGAAGUGUAUAUUUACUUUUUAUUAGAAGAAAACAAAGGAUCCUAUCAUUGAUAACAUUAUUCAAUUUUAUAUGUAUGUAUAAAUUAAAAGAUAUACUUAUACAAAA